AUGAAAGUUGUUCGACAGAUCGUUGAAAAAUUAUGUGUUAUAAUAACAAUUAUUCUUAUUUACGAGAAUGCACUUGUUUUUUAUCAACAUCUAUUUCCCUAUUGGUGGUUUAAUGGACUUUAUGGACGAUUUUUUUUUAGUUUAAUUGUCGGACAUUGGUUAUUAAUUAAUACAGUAAGACAUUAUUAUUUAGCAAUUUCAAAAUCGCCAGGUUUUGUUGUGGAUUUAAAAAAAGAACCAUCUACACAAGAAGUAUUAAAUUAUACGAAAUGUUUAAAAUGUAAUGUAAUGAGACCACCAAGAGCACAUCAUUGUAAAAUCUGUCAAAAAUGUGUUCUCCGUUUUGAUCAUCAUUGUCCUUGGAUUAAUAAUUGUGUUGGAUAUCGAAACCAUGCCCAUUUUCUUUUAUUUUGUAUUUAUAUGGCGAUGAUCGCAGCCUUUUCUACUAUUGUUGGACAACGACAAUUUCAAUUAGUAAUAUUUCAUGAUGAAGUACUCUUUGGUUUAUUCGAUCCUCUUCUUAAAACAUACAAUAUGACUGUAGCUAUUAUAGAACACAAGACAAUAGGUCCUAUUACUGGUGUAUUGACACUUUUUCUUUUUAUUCUUAAUCUUGUUGCAAUGGGUCUUGUAUUAAGUUUAACUCUAUGGCAAAUGAGUCUUAUAACAAAAGGUCAAACUUGUGUUGAAGAAAAGAUUGAUAAGGCCAUCAUGACUAAUUCAAAACAACGACGACAAUAUGAUCUUGGUUGGAAACAAAAUUGGAAAACAUUUUUUGAAGUAAAUACUUAUUCUGAACUUUUAGUUCGAUUAUUAAUACCUUAUUCAUUUCAACCAAAACACGAUGGUACACAAUGGAUAUCAAAAAAUGAUAAAUAA